AUGGCUGCACAGACCGACCCAUGGUAUGCUGCGCACCUGGCUAUGCUCGUGUCAGAGCGUGCGACGCGGUUCUUGCUCCCUUCCAAACUUCGCCACUGGCAGCAGUCCACAGUGCCUCUGCUGCUCGCGGCCACUCGAACUCGGUACUUGCUCUGCCGGCACCUGACCCAUGAACAGGAUGAGACGGAGGUGGAGGAGCUGUCUUUGCUGGCCGACGUGUUCUCCACGUUGUGUCACUGCGAUGCUGGUGUUUGCGUGUUCGUCUCGGCAGAGCUGCCAGUCCGAGACAACUUCUUGGUGUACGAAGCGGACGCUGCUCUUCGUCACCUCCUGGGGCAAUUCCAGAGUCUUGCGGAUGACACAACACUGCUGCUUGACGGCAUGCUUCAUGAAGCUUCUUCCUCUGCCGCGGGUCUGGCUUGA